UUGAUGAAUAGUUACAUUGUUUGUAUCAUCAUAAAAGUACCAAAACGACUGUAAACAUAACCAAAAGUUCAUCAAAGUUCGAGAAUAAACAUCAGAGCAUCUGCAGACACAGAUCGGAGAUUAUUCUAUGACCCAAUAUGUAGAAAUCGCAAGUUGAAAAACGCACAUGAAAAAUCAACAAAAGUUCAAAGGAAUCCAAAAUGGAUUCUUGUCCUCCUACACAUAUUGGUCACAUGCCUCUUGAGAGUUGACACGUUCCUUGGAUUGUCCCAGGGUCUGCAGACGCUGGUAUGGAUCUACAGGAUAAGAUCCUUUCAUCGUUAAGCGAUGAUGCCAAAGCUAAUGUCAAUAGAUUAUUGACUGCCAUACACCAGCUGUCAGAUGUAGAAAAGUUGUACCUCUAUAUGAAGCUACCAUCAGGUGCCGGAGAGUCAAGCAGUGACGCACUUGAGAAGACGUCAUUGGGUCUGACCACUCGUAUUGAACAAGCUGAUGCUUUUCGAUGGAUGCAGUCGAACCUGGAAGAGGACAAAAGUGUCUCUGUUCCAAAGCAAGAGGUCUAUGAUGAUUAUGUAUCCUACUGUCAAGACCGCAACAUGAAGUCAAUCAUAAGUGCAGACUUUGGAAAAAUCAUGAAAACAGCUUUUCCCAAUGUGCGGAACAGGCGGCUAGGCCAGAGGGGGCAAUCUCAAUACUGUUACAGUGGAGUCAAGAAAAAGGUUGUAUUAAAGACUCCUACGCUGCCUUGUAUCGACCUGACAAUGCCUAGUGAAGGCAAACAGGCACCUGCUCCCCUUGAAGAGUCUGAAGUGGACAAGGCCACCAAAGAAUGUGUCUGUGAAUGGGCGCAGAAACUUCUUAGUGUUAAGUUCGAAUCAACGAGUCAUCUUGCUGAGUACUUGAUCACAAAGAUGUAUGUGAACCAUAGGUCAAAGGCAGCCUAUACUGUCAUCUCAAGUCUCAAAGAGAAGAAAGAUCCUAAAGCAGUUUCAUCGACUCCCCCUAGAGUUGCUCCUGUUACCCCAAACACACACAGAGAGACACAACUUAUCCUGCAUAAGGCACUAUUAGAACGAAGACGUAAACAAACACCAUUGGCAACAAUAACAUCAGAGCAACAAGGUUUACAACAACAACAGCAACAUAUGAUAUCACAACCAUCACAUCAACAAAACGUAAAACAACAAUUGAGUUCACCCAGACAUAUAUCACAACAAACAACAACAACAACUGGCAACACAUUACAACAAUCGUCAUCAUCACAUUCAUACAUCGUAUCUCCAAGGUCAGCUAAUCCAGGAUCAAAAUGGGAAGUUUUACUCGCUCCUAAAGUAGAUCCUGAGCUGAAGGAUUUACCUCAACCAUUCUCUCACUCCCAAAUUAAACUAUCGCCAGAUAUCCGCAGCUCGAUGACCCACACCAAGAACAAAGGGCCCAAGAAGGAAUGGAUGUCCAUAUCAUCGUUAGCUCGAACAAAACCAUCACAGGAUGUAGAGAAACCUAUAAGUUUGGAAUUAAAGACUGCUUCAGAAAUAAACACUAAACCGGAAGAGCUUAGACAGCCCCUAAAUGAAAAUGAGCGAGGGAAGGUUUUAAUCACCAAAUUACCACCUAUUCCAUAUAUCGACCUAACCUCUAAUAUACCUCUUAAACUAGAUGACAUUAAAUCAGAAGACAAAACUAAGAUUGGAAAAGAGAAAUCAGAAUCCACUGAAGUUUCACCUGGAUGUGUUUUCAAUACCUCAACUGAAAAAAUGCUUAGUAUCAGAGCGACCAAUGCCAAUGUAUCAAAUAUUUUACCACCUGCUACCCAAAGUGUGCCAAAACCAACAGCAGAACAACAAUCUGAGAAACCAACAUGUGUUCAAUCUGAGAAAGAUUUAGUGUACGAUUCCUAUUUAUCAAGACCAUCUGGGGCUAAAGGAGGGAUUUUGAAGCCCCAUGAAACAAGUGCGUUUGUGCCAGUGUCAAAAGUCCAGAGUGGACCAUUAUCGCCAGUGUUAAAAGUCCCAACUGGUAAAUGUACUUCUGGAAAUUCUAAAAUGCUUAGCUCUGUAACAGGGCAAACAACUAUAUCCAAAUCAUCGGAACCUAUUCAUUCCAAAAUAUUAACUAAAGAUCCAGUUGUAAUUCAACUACAAAACUCAACAGCGCCAUCAACUGAGGAGGAUGGUUUGAAAAAACUAAAAAAUACUCAAAAAGAAGAAAAGAUCAAACUUUCCGAACCAACUGUCUCUAUAGUAAUUGCUUACCCAGAACCAUCUCCAUCCAAUCAGCUUCCAGCACAAGCAAAGACUCGUAAGGUUACAAAAAGUGCUGCCAUGCAAGAACAACCAAAGAAUUAUCCAAAGGAAGAUUCCAUGCGUUUGUUUCAAGAUAGCAGGCCUUUACGGGUCCUUUUACGUGAAGCUCGAAGUAGACGACAGUACAAAUCCAUGACAGAGAAUGAAGGGACCAGUCAAUCUAUUGAAUCAUCAGAAACUGGUCCCAAUGUUAGGCUCUCUGAAAUAACGAAGCAAGAAGAGGAGCCUAAAGGUAAUGCUAAUGUGGAGAAUGAAUCAAUUAAGAGUCACGAUGCUGAACCCAAGCUUAAUCCUAAACGCACUGCAUCUCCAAGUGCAGCCAGCCAACAUAAGAAGCAAGCAGUUAUCCAAACUACCCAUGAGCAACCAACUACCUCAGUUGUCACAAACGAUAAAGAGAAUGCAGCCAAGUUGCAAAGUACAAAAUUGAACCCUGAUAUAUUUGACUCUCCCACUCGUAGAUACCUUUUAUCUCUGAACAUAGGAAAUGCUUCCAAUGUAUGCGCUAAUGUCCAGCUUGAUUCAACAAAUAAAGAAGUUCUUACGAGUGAGAUCAUGAAGCAGCAAAAACUUAUGAGUGAAAUCAGUGACAAUACGUCUAUAGUAGCUAAUGAUGGCAAGCCUAUUGCUGCAUCAUUGGUAUCACAUGGUUUCUCAAAGGAGCAAAUGGCUAGUACUAAACCUAUGACUAGUUAUAGCCAGAUCAAACUGAACAAAACCAGUAUAGAGCAAAUGGAGAAUGAUGCGUUAUUAGAGUAUUUACAAAGUCCAUCUGUACCUGCAGACCUUGCUGAUAUCACAUCUACCAUCAACAUGGAAACAGAUGUACAUGAAUCAGAGAGUCAAACUCUGACAUCUAUUGCCAUGGAAACACCAGUUAGUACAGUUCCCCUGGAGACGAAAUCAAGUUUCGAUUCCAGUCUUGAUCGCUUUAAUCUGGAAUAUUUCUACAAACAACACGUCCUGGAUGAUAAGGAACUGAAGUCGUUGUCAGCGCCUGGUAAUAUACUUGCUAACCUCAAUGAAAGUAGGACGAGUGGUUUGGGUUUUGAUACCUCAACAGUGAAAGUCCCCCUAAAACCUGCAGUAGAGGAUGUUAUUUUGUCUAGAGAUCAACAGACUCCUUCUCAUCACUUCAGACCUGUUAGGACUCCACUCCGACAGACCAGUAUUUCAGAUUCAUAUACCUCAUCUCAACAGAGCUUUGAAGUGACAAGGUUAUCAAAUGCUUCAGAGUCUUCGACCAAUCAGGAGUUAGGACCAUACCAGCCCAACUUCUACCAAGAUACAAGCCUUGAUGGGUUCCAAUCCCAGAAUGUAGAUUACCAAGGAUCCAUGGCACAUUUUCUCCAGAGAAACACUAGUACUGAUCAAACUGAUGGGUUACCACAGCAACUAGAUACCACGUUGCCCCAGCAACCAUCUCAACAAAACUGGUCUGAUCUGUUUCAGAGUAACACAGCUGAUGUUCAAGGCCAUGGAGAUUCACAGAGACCACAAUCAUUGUCUUAUGACACACAACAAACUGUUAGAAAUAUCACAUCUCCGCAGAUCACCAUGAACCCUAUAGAAAGGCACAGGACACCCUUGGACCAUCAGUUCUCUGUCAAUCAGGAUUUGAAUUAUCAGCCAAGCCCCGUUGAGUUUCAGCCUGAUCCCUCGGCAAUUAGGAGUUGUAAUUCUACUCCACAUUCUAUCCUGUCUUGUGAUGUUCCUACGGGGGGCUUAGCCAUUGGUCAGAGCUUUAAUAGUCCCGCAACUCUUCCCUCACCAGGCAUGUCUCAUCACAGUAGAUGUGGUACUCCUCUAUCUGUACAGUCUUUCCAUGAUGUCUUGUCUCCACAGGUUUCUAUGACAUCACCACUUGAACCUAUGAUGUCACCACAUAUGCCUUUGACAUCACCUCAUCAAAUGAUGAUGUCACCUCAAAUGACCAAUCAGUCCCCUUCCUUCCAGAUGAUGACUGCAAACCCCUCAUCUCAUAAUCCCUCUCUGAAUCCUUUAAAUGCACAAUCCCAGUUACACCUCCAACAAUCUAUUUUAUCACCCCAGCAUGGUUUACCUAGUCCCUAUAGUCAGCAGAUGCAUGGAGAUGGGGUAAAUUCUUCCAUGAUCCAGUCACAAGGUAUGAACAUCAACCCUUAUAUGAAGGAUCCCCCAGAUUACCAGACUGCCGUUCAGCAAAUGCAGCAAUUGAAGAGUAAUUCUGACACCCCAUUCUUUCCUCCCAAUAAAACUAUUGGUCCUGUAAGGCGAACAAGGUCAGUUGGUGGACAGUUGAAACGCGUCCGCCACUCAAGUGGAUCAAACCCUACACAACAAUUCAUCUCGCAGAGAGUACGACACAAUUCAGCACAGAGUGCUCCUGCUCCUUUAGAGUUAUCACAUCAACCCAUUCCCCAACCCCACAUGGAAUAUGGAAGAGGGAAUCUGAUACAGUCCCAGUCUAAUCAGCAAGGACAGUUGCAAACUGCCAUAUUACAAAAUAUGUCUGGAUUUUCUAAUAAAGACCCCCUACAAUAUACCAAAAUAAGACCCCUUCAAAGCCCCGGAGAAAGCCAAUCUGAUGCUCAGAAUAACAAUACCAGUAGCAAAACUCCUUUCAAUGUACAACCCCCACAGCGACCCACUGAGCUACAAUUAAACAACCCUGUCCAAUCCACUCAGCAGCCCCCUAAGCAACAAUUCAACAACCCAAGUGCUUAUCACAGAAAUCCUAAUUUAGUGAGGAUGCUAAAUAACCAGCCCUGUCCUACACAAAGCAUGGCCCAAAGGGCACCCCAAAUAACACAGUUAUUACGGGGCAAGCUUUCAAGUGGUCACCUUGACCUUAGAGGGCUCCACCCAAAUGCAUUCAUUACUGAUAAAGGCAAUGCUAGACGGAAUCUAACUGAAAUAUUAGAAUCUGGACAAAAGCCACAAAAGUCGAAACUCGAGUGAAUGACAGGUUGUCCAGAAACAAUAGUGCUUAAAAUGUAAUGUCCUUUAUUACACUCCAGUUAUUUUUAAUAUGUGGUGUCCAUAACCAACUACCUAGUGGGCUAGUUCAGCGCCCUUCUUUAUGAAUUUAGUACUUGUUGUAACAUAUAUAAAGGUGCAUUUUACAAUGCUACAUUUUUAAAGGAGCUAUUUUAAGUAUAAUUUCCAAGUUAUUUAAAAAUCUGUUUUUAUCGCACUUUGAAAAAG